GUAAUUACCCAACUUCAGGAAAAUUGAAAUACUCCUGGUCGCUGAAGGUAGAUUGAGGGAGGACGUUCUUUCAAACCCUCUUCCUCAUAUCUUCAUGGCUUACAGUUUUUUCGGUACCGAUGCUACGUGCGGCACACGACAUUAUCACCGGCGUGGUGUCCACAGCAUCGGACGGUUAACGGGCAGUUCGACGGUCGGAGUCUGCUAUGCAGCUGCUGCAAACUAUGGUGCACAGCAGCAGCUACCUUUUGGUGGAGCUAUCGUGACAAAGCUGGCGGGAAGCGCUAAACUUGCAAGGGGCGAACACCAUGUGGUACCGCUGCUUGGCCCCGGAAGCGGACAGCAGUCCCUGCUUCCCUUUGGAGCAUCCGUGGAGUGCUUCAGCCAUGACUCUUUAACUGAAAAGCAUGUAGCACCACCUGCGCACAACCGUUCCGACGUCCUUCCCGGUACAUCGCAAAGGAAUGUUGCAACCGCGAAUAACGCGAGAUCUCAAAUGCUGGACGUGCUUUUCGUCAUCACAGGAACCGGAAUUGUAAAUACAGCUGACGGCGCCGUCCGAACACUGCACACCGGCGACAGCCUCAUUGCCUGGCACAACACCACCGAGUUGCAACCAGCUUCAUCCGAAACGCCUCCCGUGGUGCUAAAAUUCCACUUCCCAGCCAGCGUUCUCCUGCUGCCGCCCGGCUCCACAGUCGCGUCCAUGCCCAGCCACGCCGACCUUCAAAUCCUCGUGGACGAAUGCAACCGGGAUAGUCCCGAUGGCGAGCUGUCACCGCAGGAAGCAGACGACAUAAUGCGAGGCUGCGCCCUUGCAGCCGCCCAGCAACCCGCAACCCGCACAGCAACCUCCGUUGAGCUAGGGCGCUCCGCGCCCCACAACGCCUCCGCCAACACAGUUCCGCUGCCGCCCCUCCUCCGGCGGCUGCUGCGGACUGCCUUCUCUCCGGCAACCCAGGGCUUUCGCCUGCUGCGAGCCCUGCUGGGGUUGCCUCAGUGGCGUCAGCAGCAGCAGUGGUGGCGGCAGAAGCAGCAGUGGUGGCGUCAGCAGCAGCAGGCAGGGAAGUCUGCGCCAACAGCGUCAUCAGGAGCAGCAGCGGCGGAGGGGCGCCCCGGCUGUGUGCUGCUGCAGCGGGCGUUGCGGGACUUCCAGGCCUUCCGCUUCCCCAGCCAAACCAACAGACUGGCCUUCGUCUUCGACCCCGCCGAGCUCGGCCUCUCCCUCUCCCUGGGCGUGGAGGUCUUCGAGCCCGGCCACCGCACGCCCCUGCACAUCCACCGCACCGCACACGAGCUCUUCUUCGUGCUGUCCGGCGAGGGUGUCGCGCACUGCAACGGCCAGCACUUUUCCGUACGAGCAGGCGACUGCGUGGUGUUUCCGCCGCUUGCGAUACACGGGCUGGACAACCCGACCGGGACGCGGCUGUACUGCCUGCAGCUGAUGACGCCCAAUGAGGCUUUUGUGGAGCACGUCAAGUCGGGGGAGGCGGUGGGCGGGCUGGAGGAGGAGGACAUCUCCAACCUGGUCACUCGCCGCUGCUGCUGAGGCGCGGCGGUGGACUGGCUGCCUGGGCGGGUGGCAGCUUCGGGGUGGGAGCUUCGGGUGUCACGACAAGGGGUCUGCUGCUAAGACUCGCAGCAGCGGGAGGGGGGGCAUGGCUAUGGGGAAUAAGGACACUCACUUGUAGAAGGGGCCUUAUUAGGGGUGACUACUGCAUGACCCUGCAGGCGAGGAGUGCGGCCUCCAAUACCGCUUGCGACAGCGCUCAGAGCCCCAGAGGGUGCAUGUGGAGAAACAAUGUUGUGUAGGAGGGGAAGUGUGUAUAGGGGGUGUAAUGUACAUAGCACACAGGAGUAAGGGUGUGGCUCUUGGGGCUAUCCCUGUCUCCGAUACUCAUCCAUUCUUAGGAGGCAGUGUUUCGAGGCAUACGAUUUCCAUACUAUUGUACGACACCGGAUCCGGAUUCGAAUCUGGGCCCAAUUGGGUUUGUCAUCCGGGCUCAAAGGGAUAACUCGUACGCGUUCCAUGCGCUGCUAGGCUGGGUGCAGCCCCCAGGUGGGCCCUCAUAUGCGCACCCAGGCAUGGGCAACAAAGCAACUGACAUUUGGUGUGGGCGUGUCCGUUGUUUGCGGUUUGCAUGGUCUGGGGGCAACCCCGUUGUGUACAUUAGCUAGCAGAGAAGGAGGAGUACGUAUUGCGCGCUCCUUUGGUAGUUCCCUUUCGUGCCUUUCGUGUCGAAUACGGUUUGGGGGCCGGAUGUCUAAAGCUCUCAUAUGAUGUUUAGUUAUGAGGCUGUAGGGCCGUCUUGCCACCGACGCACCUUCGUUGUGGCUGUGACACAGUUCUUUUCUUCAGGCUUGGUUGGGCUUGGCUGCCUAACGGCUGUAUUGAUUUCAUCUUUGAUCUUUGUUCUGAAUGGGAGCGGCGGGAUUGCACGUGUGAAGCGCGUUGGUCUGUGUGACUACUAUUGCGUUGGUGAGGUGAAGCAGUAGGGUCGAAGGGAGGAAGCUGCAGGGCCGCGGACAGUUGUAUUACUAAUGAUGCUGAUCACUGCUUUGCCUGCAUUGAUGUGUACCUGCUAUGGAAAGUACAAGCGCUGAUUAUCCUUACCAUUUUGUUAGAUUGUUGCUUAGAUUGUUUCUUCAUAGCUACAGUGCGCCGUGGGAUGUUGUCAAGUCCCCAAGCGUGAUACUGUCUAAAUGAUUCUCUUCGCCUUUGGCGAAAACUGCUUUAUCGUCUUUGUCACUUUGCGCAUGUAACCUCUAUUUCUGCAUUGCUCC